UAAGCUAAUAAGACUUCCUGAGAGGGUCCGUAGAUCAAUGAUGGGUGCAUUGGGAGAGAGGAAGGCGUUCAUGGCCUGCCUCUUCUUCUCACUUGCCAUUGUCCUCAUCUCUCUAAGUUUGCCCCUUCAAGCACAAGCAUUCCACCAUGACCAUCCUCCAAAGGAGCACCAUCAUCACCACCCUUAUCCUCACAACUCACCAACACCACCUCCUUCGCCUCCUUACCACUAUAAAUCACCACCACCACGUACCCACCACCACAAGCCUCCAUUGCUUCCACCUCCUUACCACCAUAUAUCACCACCACCACCUCCACCUACCCACCACCACGGGCCUCCAUUGCUUCCACCUCCUCCUCCUCCUCCAUAUCAUCACAAAUCACCACCUUCAUUUCCUCCGGUUUACACGUCGCCACCACCUUCAUCUCCUCCGGUUUACAAGCCUCCACCACCUCCACCUACCCACCACUACAAGCCACCAUUACUUCCACCACCACCUCCUCCUCCUCCAUAUCAUCACAAAUCACCACCUUCAUCUCCUCCGGUUUACACGUCGCCACCACCUUCAUCUCCUCCAGUUUACAAGCCGCCGCCACCUCCACCUACCCACCACUACAAGCCACCAUUGCUUCCACCACCACCACCUCCUCCUCCUCCAUAUCAUCAUAAAUCACCACCUUCAUCUCCUCCAGUUUACAAGCCGCCGCCACCUCCACCUACCCACCACUACAAGCCACCAUUGCUUCCACCACCACCUCCCCCUCCUCCUCCAUAUCAUCACAAAUCACCACCUUCAUCUCCUCCGGUUUACAAGUCGCCACCACCUUCAUCUCCUCCAGUUUACAAGCCGCCACCAUCUCCACCUACCCACCACCACGGGCCUCCAUUGCUUCCACCUCCUCGUCCUCCAUAUCAUCACAAAUCACCACCUUCAUCUCCUCCGGUUUACACGUCGCCACCACCUUCAUCUCCUCCGGUUUACAAGCCGCCACCACCUCCACCUACCCACCACUACAAGCCACCAUUGCUUCCACCACCACCUCCUCCUCCUCCAUAUCAUCACAAAUCACCACCUUCGUCUCCUCCAGUUUACAACCCGCCACUACCUCCACCUACCCACCACUACAAGCCACCAUUGCUUCCACCACCACAUCCUCCUCCUCCAUAUCAUCACAAAUCACCUCCUUCAUCUCCUCCAGUUCACAACUCGCCACCACCUCCUACCUACAAAAAGAAAACACCACCUCCGUCUCACCACAAGCCACCACUCCCUCCAUCCCAUAUAUACGCUUCACCUCCUCCUCCUCCUCGUUACCACUAGAGCCGGUGGCCGGAAAGGGGAGCACGAAGGACGAUCACCACCAACCAUCAUCGUCGUAGGGUUUGCUCUCGUAAGAAGUGGAACAUGCAAGCUACUGUGCAACCCAAGCGCCUACUCGUUCGUGUUUUAAGCUUAUGUUUCUAGUGUAUGCAUUGCUGAGUCGUAAGUAGGAAUGUAAGAUCGAAAUAAAAGUGUGCUCUAGACUUCCUCGUUGAGUACUUCUUUUGAGAAAAGCCUUUGGUA